UCUUCUGACACAGAGAUCGUGAAAGAAGCUGAGGUGCCACAGGCUGCUCUGGGUGUCCCAGCCCACGGGACAGGUGGCAGCUGCUGCACGCCUGUGGCCGAAGAGGAGGUGGGCAUCCCAAUACCGGCACCUGGGCUCCUGCAGGUCACAGAGAGGCGGCAGCCACUGAGCAGCGUCUCCUCUCUGGAGGUGCACUUUGACCUCCUGGACCUCACCGAGCUGACUGACAUGUCGGACCAGGAGCUGGCCGAGGUCUUUGCUGACUCAGAUGACGAGAACCUGAACAGCGAAUCCCCAGCAGGGAUGCACCCACUGCCCCGGGCCGGCUGCCUGUGCUCGCCUGCCUGGACGAGGACAAGGGCUGAGCAGAACCGCGAGAAGCAGCCCCUGGGUGAGCCUGAGCGGCAGGCCACAACCGUGGACAUGUUUCUCACUGUGGAGGGGCCCAAGGAGGACUAGGCUGUCUCCACUGCCCCCAAGCCGCUGCAGGGCUGGGGACAGGACAUCACCAUGAUGAUAAAUGCAGGCAGCCUUGGCAGCAUGGACACACUCCACCCUCCCCAUGUGGCUGCAGCCAUCACCUCCUGCUGGCCUGGGGGCCACCACGCCUGCAGGGUACAGGCCUCAGCCCCACAGGAACCAGUGGCUUCCCUGGGAGACACGUCAGGCCUGGCCAUGCACCUCUGACACCCCCGGCACAAGCACAGCCCAGUGGCCUUACGUCCAGCUUGCUUCUGAUCCUGAAUCAGGGAUGGCAGCACCGUGGAGUCACUGCCCCUGGAUGAAACAAGGGGUGGCCUGGGCCUCCUGGAAACUUCUGUCUGUAGGACCCAUGCGCUCGUCUGUCAUAAGACUCCUUAGCAGGCUCAGGGUGAGAAGAUCUGCUCCAAGAAUACCAGGGGGCGGUGGGGGCUCUCCAAUCCCAGUGUUCCUGCCACCGAGCUUGGAAGCUGCAGGUGGGUUUAGUGGUGGCUCACGGGACGCUCUGCUGUCCAGCCAAGCACCUGGGUGGAAGUCUGUCCCCAAAAUUUCCCCCUUGACUUCAGUCCUGCCCCCUUCCUCCGCCCCAGGGAGGUACUGUCAGCACAAGGGUCCCCUCCCUCUGCCCACCCGUAAGGCUGUUUCUCUUGGCCCCUGCCAGUGAUGACUGAGAGAUGAGGACACCAAACAUCCCCAGACAUCUUGGAACCUCCUGGACUGCAUGGGGGCAGGGUCUGCUCUCAAUAUCCCACCACCCAGCUGCAUGGCCCUGUCAGGCGCACUCUGCAGGUCUAUCCUGGGCACAGCCAGGGGUGGGGCGCGUAGAGGGCACCCAGCUGAGUGGCUCCCAGUGCUGCUUUUUAUGUGCUAAAGGACACAGAAUAGUCUCCUUGUCUGACACCAAGUCCAAGAAAGGUCUUAAAAGCUGAAGCUUUCUCUCCCCAAGGCAACCUGCCCUGCCCUGUUCCCCACUAACAUGUUUCUGGGGAAGAAAAACAAGCUCUUGAUCUUCAUUUUCAUCAGACUCCCCUGGACAGAUGCCUGGGGCAGGCCCUGGGCUGCGGCUCCCAAUGCUGAGCACCCCACCCCCAACCGCCUCCCACUGGCAAGUCCAGUUCCCACCCCAGCCAGGUCUCCUGAGAUGAAAACCGUCCUUGGCUUCCAAUGAACAGAACCAGUUUUCUCCUUUGAUCCUAUAAAAAACCAGCCGCCGCUGGCCACACUCCCACCCAGCAGGGUCUUCCCCCCAUUUUCCACCCUUCCUGCUGCAGCCUCCACCGAGCUCAAUUACAAAGCGUGGGAUUAAAGCGUCACCCCCAUUU